AUGUUGUUUAUUUUGCAGAUCAUCGGGUUGCUUGACGUGUUCACGCCCUCCACUUCUUACGGGGACUUCCAGGACGUAUAUCUCGUGACUCCUCUGAUGGGUGCCGACUUAAACAAUAUCGUCAAAACACAAAAGUUAACAGAUGAUCAUGUGCAGUUCCUCAUAUACCAAGUACUUCGAGGCCUUAAAUACAUUCACUCAGCAGGUAUUAUCCACAGGGAUCUAAAGCCAAGUAAUAUAGCUGUCAAUGAAGACUGUGAGCUGAAGAUCCUUGACUUUGGUUUGGCCCGACCCACCGAGUCCGAGAUGACAGGCUACGUGGCCACCAGGUGGUAUCGUGCUCCAGAGAUUAUGCUCAACUGGAUGCACUAUAAUCAGACAGUGGAUAUCUGGUCAGUGGGCUGCAUAAUGGCUGAGCUUCUGACUAGCAGAACCUUAUUCCCAGGUGCUGAUCAUAUCCAACAGCUCAAUCUUAUCAUGGAGAUCUUGGGAACGCCACCUCAAGAGUACCUCAACAGGAUCACCUCGGAGUCGGCUCGCAACUACAUUCGCUCGCUGCCCCAUAUGAGGAAGAAGGACUUUAAGCAAGUUUUCCGUGGAGCAAAUCCCUUAGCGGUGGAUCUGCUGGAGAAGAUGCUGGAACUGGAUAGUGAGAGGCGUGUGACAGCAGCCCAGGCGUUGGCCCACCCUUAUCUGGCUCAGUAUGCCGAUCCCACUGAUGAGCCGGACAGUGAGCCCUAUGACCAGAGCUUCGAGGACAUGGAUCUCCCAACUGAGAAGUGGAAAGGUGAGUUAGUCCAAUGCACGCUGUCGACACGUAUUGGCUUAGGAGAAGGUGACCACCGCCGCCAGAAGCCGCUUUCACGAGUUCCUUCGGCUUGUCUGCAUCUCUUUCGCGUGUCGCCGCCUUUGCCUCGACGCGUCGGUUCCAGCCACGCCGUUCCCACGAGAACCGAUUCGCGAGUUUUUACGGAAAUUAAUUAUAAGGUAUCUGUAACUGAAACCCAACCAUUAACUAAUGCAUUUGCUCAGUAUGUGAUUACCGGCUUAAUGAGCGUUACCUCAUAUGCAAAUAUUCAACCGCUGAGUAUUCGAAGCAAAACCAAGAUCUCGCUUCUUACAAGUCAAGCACAAGCAUCCUCUUUGCCUGACGGGCGACGACUGCCUUCGACGUGCAUGACACCGCGGCCGCUGGAGGGGAACUCGCGGCGAGGGAACUGGGCUGUUGCCGGGCGGAGGACAAUAUACAACACGCCUGGGAACACAAUCCCCAAGCAUCUCACGACAAAGACAUCGCGCAUAAAAUUCAAUAUUAAGGAAAAAAUAAUAAUUUUGAGAGCCUCCCGUGCUUAUGCAGAUGACGAAGAGGUAGGAACUCCUGUCGCCAGGCGAAGCGCCCCCUCGCCGCCUAACGGGUCGCUGCGGCGCCGGGUGACAGACGGAAGUAAGAAACCCGGGCUAUCAGAACUCGGUUUAGUUAUGGGUUUCAGUCUUCGCUCAGCUGACGACAUCGAAGGUCUUCUGUUCGGAUGA